GAGGUUCUGAAAUCAACUGUGCUCAGUUGAAUCGUGCUCCUCGUUGGAAUCAGUUGUACGAUAGAUACGGUCGCGGUCGCGCGUUCGCCGCUUAGUUUGCGGCAAAGUGUGUUUAACUCUGACCUUUUGCCAUUAUUUUCUUCUUCCCAAGUGAUUCCUGUUUGCAAAGGAAGGGAAGAAGAUAUUCUGUGUUCCUCCAGUUUCUUUUUAUCCCACUUUUAUUUUAAAGUUCUGUGUGUUCUUUAUGCACAAAAAGUGCAACAGAAACAACCUCUACAAGUUUAACGUGCCAGUGGUUAAUUUAAAUUCGUCUACCUCACCAUAUGAUGUGCAUUUGUAAUUAGAAUUUUCAACAAGAACUGAGGCCAAUUAGGCCGGUCUAAAGAACCCCUACGAACAACGAAGAAGCAAUUACAGCCCAGAACUUCAACGAAAAGUGCAUUAAUUACUGCCGUGUGACACUUUUUUUUUAAUCCACAAACAACAUUUUACAGAAGAAAUAAAAUUAUGCCAGCAAGAAAAAUGGAAGGCGGAUAUAUUAAUGAAGGUGGGCAGCUGAAGACGAAGAACGGCCAGAAAUACGUGGUGAAUCACAAGCCCAAAGGAUACUUUGUAUCAAAGGGCUGCAUAGCACUAAUGGCUUGUGCUACUAUCCUAGCUCUUUUGGCAGUAUUCCUACUGACCUACUUCCUCGUAGUACCCAGGUGUGAUGCUUCCACGGAUUCCCCCGCAAAUGAAACAGUAAGUUCUGCUAGUAUAUACAGUCCAUCGCGUGGAACUGUGGUAAAACCAAAACCUCCAGCAACUGAAGACUUCCCAAUUGAGAAAGAAGAAAUUCUCAGUGAUCAAAAUUAUGAGAAUUUCAAUUCAAAUGAAGAUAAAAUUCACCUCUACGAGGGAUGGAAUCCUACCAGAUACAGAUUAAUAAUAGAACCGAACUUUAAUAAAUCCAUCAACAAUGGCAGUGUCUGGAUUGAUGUGACUAGUGAUCCUAAAGUCUAUGGAAUUCAGCCAAUUAUCCUCGAUAUUCAUCAGAUAGAGGUUCAAGAUGUGCGUGUCUUAGAAUAUACAGAACCCAAUACAACUUCUCAACUUGAUAUUGAGUUCAAAAGCGACAGCAAUUCAACCCUUUGGAUUUACAUUAAGAAGGACUUCCGGAAACAUUCCUCCUCGAUUCGACUGAAGGUGUUUGUGGAGUUUAUCAGUCAACUUUCAGAUACCCUUCAGGGCUUUUAUAGGGUCAACUACAACACCAGUGGGGAGUCAGAAUGGCUAGCAAGCACGCAAUUUUCACCAAUUGAGGCGAGAAGGGCAUUCCCUUGCAUGGAUAGACCCGAUAAGAAGGCAGAAUUUGAGAUAUCCAUCGUCAGACCUUAUGAGAAGAGCAUGAUCCUAUCCAAUAUGCCGCACAUGUUUUCAAAUCAACACCGUCCUGGCUAUGUUCAAGAAGAUUUCCAUGUGACACCGAAGAUGUCCACCUACUUGGUAGCGUUUAUAGUGUCAGAUCUCGUGCAAUCCAACAGUACAACAUUGAAUCACGAUGAAGCACCACGCAUAAGGGUCUGGUCUCGACCGGAGAUGUCCGAUAUGACUGGUUAUGUCCAUAAACUUUCAACGGAAAUUCUACCCUUCUUCGAAGACUACUUCAACAUCAAGUUCAAGCUGCCGAAAAUCGAUUUGGUUGCAGUGCCUGAUUUUGGUUUCAGCGCCAUGGAAAAUUGGGGACUCAUCUUUUUCAGGGAAUCUGCAAUGCUUGUGCCUGAAGACAAAGAGCGCCGCUCGUCAGCUGAGCAUACAGAGCAUGUGGCUAGGAUCUUGGCACAUGAAUUGGCUCAUCAGUGGUUUGGAAAUUUAGUCACUCCUAAAUGGUGGUCUGAUCUGUGGCUGAAAGAGGGAUUUGCUAACUAUAUGAGCUACCUUGCGCUGGACAGUGUUGAGCCCUCAUGGCGAUCUCGAGACAAUUUUGCCGUGAAUGAACUCCAACAUGCAAUGGACAAGGAUGCAGACACAACUUCUCACCCUAUUUCCUUCGAAGUGUCCACUCCAUCGGAUAUCCGGAGGAUUUUUGAUCCCAUUUCCUACUCGAAGGGAGCAGCACUCAUCCGGAUGAUGAAUAGCUUCUUGGGUGAGGAGGCUUUUGUUUAUGCUGUGAGAUCAUACUUGAAGAAAUUUGAGUACAAAAAUGCAGUACAAAAUGAUUUAUGGAAAACAAUGUCGGAUAUCGGUCAUAUGCACAAUGUUCUGCCACCGCAUUUACAAGUGAAAGACAUCAUGGACACCUGGACACUUCAAGCCGGCUACCCUAUACUGAAUGUAACGCGCCGUAAUAACACAAUUGUCAUUACACAGCAACGCUAUAUGCUGCCUAAAGCCAAAGCUGAAGAUAAAUCUCGAUGGUAUAUUCCCAUCUCGUAUAUCACCCAGUCCAAACCGGCGAUCAACGAGACUCCAACUUACUGGAUGACAGACCGUGAUGACCAAAUUGUGAUUCCAGAAAUCCAUCCAGAAGAGUGGGUGUGCCUCAAUGUCAAUCGCACUGGAUACUAUCGCGUGCAGUACGACUACGUCACCCUCUCCCUGCUCAGUCGAAACUACCAAGAUCUGCCAGAGAUUAAUAAAGCUCAAUUAAUCGAUGACGCUCUAAAUCUGGCUCGAGCCGAGUACGUCACCUACGACAUUGCUCUCACAUUCCUUCUCCGGAUGAGUCAACACUUUACGGACGUCCUGCCCUGGGCAGCGGCUACUCGUGGUCUCGAGUACAUCACAGACAUGCUAAUCAGAGAACCUGCCUUCAACUUAUUCAGAGCCACCAUGCUACACUGUGUGCUUCCUGCCUACAAUAGCCUAGGCUUUGAUGAACAGGAAAAUGAGACUCAUGUUCAGCUCCUCCACCGUGCUAGAAUCGUGAAACUCGCAUGUACUUUUGGCCACGAUAGGUGCACCAACCGUGCCCAGUACCUCUUCCGCGAGUGGAUUAGAGUUCCUAAAGUUAACAAUAUUAAACCCAACCUUAAGAGUACUGUCUACUGCGUGGCUCUCCGCGAAGGAGGAGUUGCAGAGUGGAAAUUUGCUUACAAACAGUAUCUAGAGACAACAAGUGCGUCAGAGAAGGAAGUUCUGCUGAAUGCUCUUGGUUGCACAAGGGAUCCCUCACUAUUGUCCAAAUAUCUCAAUAUGACGCUCUACCCUGAAUAUGGAAUUCGUAAACAAGACGGAGCACGUGCCUUCUCGGCUGUCGCGAGCAAUAGUGUUGGAUUUGAGAUUGCCUUUGACUUCCUGCAAUCCAAUAUUGAACAAAUAUCGAAAUAUUUUGGUGAUGGAUUCUCCGUGAUUUCCAAGAUGGUCAAUGCUGCCACCACCUACAUGAAUAAGGACCAUCAUUUGGCGCAAUUUGAACGUUUCAUUGCCAAGGCCAGGAAGCUGAACUUGAAAUCAAUUGAGAGCAGUGUUAAAUUGUCAAUAGAGCAAGUUAAAAAUAACAUCUACUGGAGAUCACGUUCGUACUAUCAACUGCAAUCGUACCUGGAGAAAUUAGCUUCAGAUUUCCACUUGAACUACUAAUUCAGCAGAAAUGAUGAUGCAUUUCAUUGAAGAAAAAGUCUUACUGUCUCUAGUAUAGCUGUAAUUGUAAGAUGUAAAGUAACGAACAAUUUGUAAUAAUUGUAUAUUUAUUUUUCUAUCAAAGAGACAAAACCAUUUGGCAAGACAAAAUGGUUUAUUCUGCCACCAAAUUAUUUUUCUAACUCACUUAUAUUUUUUUUUAAAUAUAAUUUUCGCGAUAAUAAGUCAAUCAUAAAAAAAAUUAUGUAUAAAUCUAUGUCAUUGUGAUUUUUCCUCAAUUAUGUGUAUUUCACUAUUUAGUGAUAAGACGAAAGUAUAAAAUUAGAAAGAAAAAGUGCUAAAUAGUCAUUUGAAUGCGUAAAUGUGAAAUCUUCUGAUAAGACGGAGAAAGAUGAAAAUCAAUAUAAAAUUAGUCAUUGCCUAUAAAGAACUAAAAGGCUAACUAUAACUUCUAUGUAGACUUGAAUUUAAAAUGAACGAUAGAUUGCUAUAAAAAAAUAUAAAGAGAAAGUCAAUGAUACGCUAAGUGAUAAAAUUUCUAUAACUACUUAGGUUUUAAUUAAGUCAUAACGCUUAUAGAAUAUACAAAUUGUAUUUCACUAUAUAAUAAAUUAUAAAGAAUAAAUUUUCUGUAGAAU